CUGUUUCUACUCUGUUGUCAACGGAAAAAGAAAAUAUGGGGAAAAUUAACAGUUGUCUAAAGGCUAUUUUCGUCUCCUUUAAUAUCUUGUUUGCGUUGUGUGGAGCUUUACUGAUCUACGGUUUAGUAGCAACUAAUAUGGAUGUUGAGAUGAGAGCAAUGGAAACACCGGGGACACUCUUGGUUUGGGUGUUUGCCAUUGCCAUGCUGGGGAUCUCGUUGCUGGGCAGCAUUGCUGCACAUACUGAGAAAAAAGCCUGCCUAAAAGUUUUUGCAGGUUUCAUGGCAAUUGGAAUGAUCAUCAUGCUAAUCUUUGGAAUUACUACCGCUUCUUCCACAAAACAGGUAUGCAUGCAUGCAUUGCAUUGUGCAAGAAAAUGGACAAAACUAGAAAAAUCCCCAUGGAAAUUUUGGUGGUGCCUGCAACAUGUUUUUCCUCGGUUUUUAAAAAUGGUGCGCCACGGCACCGAAUCGAAAAAGACGACCACACAGACAGCCAGAGAGAUGCAGUGCUGUGGAUGGACUGGUUUCAAGGAAUAUUCAGAUAUCCCUUACUCUUGUAGCUGCAUAUCAUCAUCAAACACAGAAUGUACCUCCAACUCCCAGCGAUAUAGAGGACCAUCAAACAUCUAUUCUCAGUCUUGCCGUGACGUCAUCAUAUAUUACGCUGAUAUUGGCAUCAAGAUUUUAUUAGGUGUCUAUUUUGGAUUCAGUGUUGUUGCGAUGUUUGGAUUGAUCAUCUCCCUCAACAUGGUUGGGCAGAUUAAUCGUCAUGACCGCUUUGGAAACACAACUAUUGCAAUGCGGGCUUUUUAACUUUAAUACCUCGAGAUUCCAAUCUGCAAACCAGAUUGGACUUACCUGGUUCAGUGGCUGAGCAGAUCAAAUACUUUGUAUAGAUAUGACUUGUUCACUCCAGACCCCGCCUCUCUGCUUUGGAAAGGAUUAAUGUGUAAUAAUGUGAUGUUAUUUCAGUUUAAAAGAUAUGUUUCUUUUCUUUGGUUUUUCAUUUUUACUAAGAUAAAGAGUUUGACAGACUGAACAGUCUAAUUGUAAGGGAAACUAUUGUGUUUAAUAAAAUUCAGCAUUCUGCAUUACUUUUAUUUUUUGGUUUUCUGGCAAUAAUGUCUGGCACAAGAGUGAUGAAAAAAGUAUCCUACUGGAUUUAUUUACCUCAGGCAUAGAGCAAGUUGAUCCGAUUUGCAGGGUUAAGUUAUCAAUCUAUUUUUCAAGUAUUUAGACAUACGUCUGGAUGUAUCGAUGGUUGGAUGGAUAGACAG